AACAUUUUGAAUGGGGAAGUUUGUGGCGCGGACGCGAGGAUUACAGCAGUGCGCUGAACGGGGAACAUAUGCGCUCUCAGCAACAAAACUCCAGCCGAAUCCGACCUCUCGCCGACUCCUAUGUGGAAAUAAGUGACUCCCGGGCUGUGCUUUCACACUUCGACUUCGACAUCUCUGUCACUUGAUCCCGAGAUGGAUGUUAUUCCCAUGUGCAGCAUCUUCCAGGAGCUCCAGACCGUCCACGACACGGGCUACUUCUCCGCGCUGCCCUCGCUGGAGGAGAACUGGCAGCAGACAUGCCUGGAGCUUGAGCGCUAUUUGCAGAGAGAGCCAUACGUGUCCCCAGCUGACUUGAGGUCAGUGUGUGGGUCAGAGGAUCUGUGGACGCAGCUGAUGCGGUGCUGCGGGGAGGCCGGCGCUGCAGUGACCCAGCCGAGAACCUCUGUCCCAGGGAAGAAUCAGAACCAAUCCAGCCUGGCGGCUCUGGAGCUCCGCGGCUGUGGUUCAGAUACGGGCAGUGACGGUUCAGACAGCGGGGAAGAACUCUCGCCCUCUGCGGACCUCCUCUCUCACCCCCUCAGCCACAUCAUGACUGACCUCGACCCCCUGAACACACACACACACUCCCCGCGGCCCCAGUCACCUGAAACGGUCAUGGAAUCGGCGCCAGAAGCUGUUUUGGCUAUUUCUCUCGGACACAGGACAAAGGGGGUCACGGGGGAUGAAGAGAGGUCAGGAGCAGGAGAGGUCAAAGGUGAAGGGUCGGCAGAGGGCCGGAGGAGAGUUCAUCACUGUCAUUUUAACGGCUGCAGGAAAGUGUACACCAAGAGUUCACAUCUAAAAGCACACCAGCGCACACAUACAGGUGAGAAGCCAUACAGGUGUUCUUGGGACGGCUGCGAGUGGCGAUUUGCUCGGAGCGAUGAGCUCACUCGACACUUCAGAAAACACACCGGGGCAAAGCCCUUCAAAUGCAGCCACUGCGACAGGUGCUUCUCUCGUUCUGACCAUCUGGCUCUGCACAUGAAGAGACACGUCUGAAAGAGAGGAUGGAGGAACGGAGAAAGACUGAAAGCUGUCAGUGAAGGACAGCGAGGGAGAGAAAAUAUCUGUGGUUCUGUGGAAGAAUGGCUGUGGCUUUUUGUCUGUGCUGUGUGGCAGGAAGUUGAAUGAGCGAGUGUGGGAGUGUGGCACACACAUAAAGAGCAGAGCCGAGACCCAGCGGCACGGCGCCUCCAGUGGACACAGGUGGAAGUGCAUUCCAGAAAAAGAGAGCAUGCGAGCGUGUUAGGAAGAUGUGUUAAUCAGGUAUUUAGUGCAGCUAUUAAAUGUGCAAUGCGUGUUUGUGUGUUCGGCGGUUUUACAGCUGCAAACCUGUUUUGUAAAAGCUCAUAUAAGUUCUGUAAUAUCAGCAUUCUCUGUUGCUACAGUUUCACCUAUGUGUGUGUGUGUGUGUGUGUGUGUGUGUGUGUGUGUGUACAGAUGGCAUAGUUGGAUUACUGUGCAGCUGUGAGUGUUGUGAGUGCACUUUACUGAAGCCCUGCUUUACAAACUCUCCCUGCUGAACUCUUCAGCACUGUAGGUCUUAAAUAGCUUAUUAUUCUGAUUAUAACCGAGUCAAGCUAUUAAGCAGAGGACGGUAGGGUAUUCUAAAACCAUACUCAAGUAAAAUUAUAGUUCUCAUUGGUGAAAUAAUGACUUAAGUGAAUGUAAAAUGUACAAAUGUAACAGCUAAAGUAAACUACUUAUAACUAAUAGUUACGUAAGUUACUGGGUGACUUAUAGAACUGAAGCAGACGUUAUACAGGAAUUGAAAUUUGGUUCUAUUCUUCUUUUUUUGUCUAAAAUAAAACAAUAAAUGUCAGAAGUAAGAGGUGUGAACAAUUGCUAAAUUGAUGAUUAACUAAAUUAAUGACUAAAAUGUAACUGCGUAAAGUAGACUGCUUUCCUCACAAAUCCACUAGAGUAGAAGUAAAAUAUCAUCAUUUCAAAAUACUCAGGAAAUUACAAACACUGCAAUCGUAAACUUAGUCAAUACAUCUAAUGUUUUCCAUUAUGAGAUAGUUGUAAGACUAUAAGAUUCAAUCUCAAAAUGACAAAUAUUAGAUAUAUCAAUUAGAUUUAAGAUGAUUUCACUUGACAAAAUAUCUUUUUCUGCAGUGAACCUACCAAAUCCUCGCUUGAGUUUGGGUAACCGAGUAAACAUAACUAGUUAGUAACCACCUCUGCUGGUCAGGCCAUAGCACACUGACCCAACAUUGACCAACAAACACACAUACUGAUGGCACUUAGCUUCACAGGACAAAUCCUGAUGAUGCAUGUAGGUACUUGGCUACUGAGGUUAUAAUGUUGAUAAUGCAGAAAUGUAGUACUCUGGCACUCGCUCUUUCUGUCUCCCCCUUUCUCCAUUAUGACUUGUAUUUCUCAUUUCAAGCUAGCAGUGCUGUGAGGAAACAAAUGUCAAGGUAUUAAUCGCACGGACAAUCCACGACAGCGUGUUUCACCUUAAACCACUGAUUCGGGACGUCAGUAAUCACCUUAAAAGUUAAUGUUAACACGAUGCUGGUACAGUCUAUCCGUUUCCUAGCACUGAAACAACCUUGCUGGUAGAACUUUAUGCCGAAGUGCCUCUUCUCGUUUUGUAAUUCAGCACUGUCGAUGUAAAACCGCCAAAAUAAAACCCAAAGCUUUUUUCUUAAUCUUUCAUGCAGCCACAAACACAGCACUUUUUGUUUUAGGUAACGUUUUAGUUUGAAUCGCACUGUACCGUGGUUUUCAGGCUGCAUAGAAGAACCCCGGAAGUCCUUCAUGUGCAGGUUUUUACGAACAUCAGAACUUCACGAAUUCCAGAAUAAGAACUAACAAUCCAAAUGAACCAGAAGAGAAUAUUCUAGAACAGUGUGAAUAGUGGAGAAUGUUGUAGAUCAGUGUGAAUGAUGGAGAGCUAAAAUUGUGUGAAUGAGGCAGAAUUAUUUAGAACAGUGUGAAUGGUGGAGAACAUCUAGAACAGUGUAAAUGGUGGAGAAUAUUCUAGAACAGUGUGAACGGGAAGGAACAUUCUACAGACUUCCAACAAUCACACACAAGUGUGGCGCACCAGCCCGACAUCUGCCGCUGGGGAGAACAUUGGGUCAGGGUGCUCUGGACCUUAGCUUUAUUUAGAAUGCUAAUCGUUCUGGAUUGCUCAUCAAAUGUGCUUUGGCUGUUUAAAGACAGUGCUCAGUGGGAGCCAAGUGUCACCCAACAUGACAUUGUAUAUAAAAAAAUCUAUUUUGUUGUAACCACUAUUGCUGGGAAAGAAACGUUGCUGAGUCCCAAUGGCAGAGUCUCUUUUUUAAAGCAUGAUUUUUGGCUGUUUGCUAUUUGAGCUUAUGUUAUGUUCAGUUUUAAUGCUGUAUAGUGAUAGUGCCUUAAGAUCGAGGCCUUGGCCUACAGAGAAAUCAGGAAUCAGUAGCCAAAUGAAACCAUUUUGCCCAGUAGAUCAGGUCCAAAAAUCCCCAUGUGUUUUGAUGAGAGUGUGAAAGCAUUUUAGUGAUGGCGAACAACGUUAUCAAGGGAAACAUAAAAAUAUUUCAGCCCAAGUGAGAAUUUGAAGGGCCCUACACUGGAACAACAGUGUCUCAGAGGCUUGUUUUAGAUAGGCAGAAAAGCUAGACAUUUCCAUGCUUUUUUUCACCAUUAAUACAAAUACACACAAGAAGAAUUUCUUAAGUGAAUGAUUUUUGGAACUGACCUACUAGACUUAGGAGCUUCAUUUAAAAUCGUUUUUAAUCAUAUUCACAUUCAUGCCAAACUAAUUCCUGCUCUGGUCUCAAAAGACCAAUUAAAUGGGAAUUCCACUGAUUUCUAAGAUGUAAACAUUCAUUUAGAGAGGUUUGGUGUGAAAUGGUUCACUGUAGAGAAAAUUACUGACUCAGAUU